AUGUCUCAGAUCAGUGUGGUGCAUUACAACUCGCCCCAUAACCACCUAAACGUCCUACAAAACACAGUGACCAACAAACAGAGUGACAGGCAGAUCAUAGUAUUGCGCAAACCUCAGCAAACUUACAUUACCCCAGAAACUACCGCCAAAGACGACAUCCUCAUCGCUAACACAGCUAGAAAGAAACACAAGACAGAAAAAGAUCCUAAACCCAACCUGCAACCAGUAUCAGUAGCUAGACGUAACGCUAGAGAACGCAAUCGGGUCAAACAAGUCAACGAUGGCUUCGCUACUUUAAGACAGCACAUCCCCAAUUUCAUCGCAGCAGCUUUCGAAAAUACCAGCGGCAGAGGAGGUAACAAGAAACUGAGUAAAGUAGAAACCCUUCGUAUGGCUGUCGAGUACAUAAGAAGCCUGGAACACAUCCUAGCUAUGGACACAGACAACGCAGACAUCUCAGAGUCUCUGUAUCGCUCACCUAGUUCUUCCAUCUCCCCCAGUAGCUCCCAACAAAACGCCACUUUCUCUUACAUACUGUCCACUGAAGAUGACGAUGAUAUGUCUUCUGACAUAUCACCACCGCCGCAGCAGUUCAUCAAGCUGGAUGCUACCAACACCUACCACUUAAUCCCCAACGUGCAUUACGAAAAUGCGGAGAACUUGGAUCCCAUGUCUGUUGAUGAGGACAUUCUCUCUGAUCCCAGCCUGCUGGAUCACAACAUCGAGUUCGACAGCCAGGAGCUGUCUUACUUGAACAACGUCCAUACUACAGCGUCUCUGUCUCCGGGUUUUCAAAGUGAGAGCUCUAUGUCUCCGGGUUCUGUGGAGAGGAGUACUCAAGGGUAUUUCAUUCCUGUGUUUGAUAGUCCGCAGGGUAGGUUGAGCCCGACGAUGAAGGUAGAGAUAAAGUCUGAAGUGGAUGAGUUUCCCGUUAUUUCGCUCAAGAAUGAUGAUGAGCUGCCUAGCGAGCCCAAAUGUAAUAUUGUUGAUGUACUGCAUUGGUGGGACCAGCAGCAGAACACUGGGAGCUGA